AGAUCUCUAUCUCCCAGAGACAGAACGCCUCUCUCUGAUCUUCUGUGAAGACUGGUGGCAGGUUUGGCCUGUUGGUCCGUCCGUCCGUCCGUCUGUCAGUCAAAAGAGAAUAAGGGAAUUUUCAGGGUAGAAUAAAACUUGUUCUUAUAUAAAAUACGCAACUGGGAACUGGGCUGUAUAUCUGUGUAACUGCCUGCCUGCCUGCCUGCCUGUGCAUCAUGAUGAAGGGACCCGUGUGUCUCCUCCUGGCGAGUCUGAUCUCCAACACCCUCAUGGAGAGUCCAGGUGAGAGUCCAGGGCCAUCAGUCAUGGAGCAGUCCCAACAGACAAUUCAAAUUAAACUCCCAUCAAACCUCCUCAUCCCUCUGACUACUAGCCCCAUCCAGAGACCCAAUUGGAUGGAUGAUUUGUAUUUGGGGCCGGCAAAAUGUCUGGAGGAGAAGAAUACACGUGCGUCAUGUAAUCUUGUAUUCUGUCAGCCGUGGGAGCGUUGUGUACAUGGAAAGUGUUCCUGUAAACUGCCUUAUCUUUGUCCCCGUGAUGGUGUGGAACCAGUUUGUGGGCAGGACGGCAGGAAUUACCUCUCCUACUGCCAGGUGAUGUCUAUUUCCUGUCGGACUGACAGACCCUUGAUGUCUCACUUUGGAACGGACUGUGAUGGCCACACAAAGUUUAGCAGCUCGAUUGACCCGCACACAGGGGUGAUCACACUCUCUGUUCCUGACGUCAGGAGCGCAGGAGGAGCACGAGGACAUGAGGAGAAGUUGCUUGUUUGUGCCGAGUUAUGGGACAUGGCUGCCGCAAACGUGGUGUGCAGAGAGCACCGGUACCCGCUUGGUGCAGAGUCCAUGUCAUCGAUUCCCUUUAGGGAUCUGAAUACAACUCACAGUUUGCUGCGUCAGUGCGUCAGUGUUCGUUGUCAAGGUUACGAGCAGUCGCUGGCUGAGUGUGUCAUCUACGACAAGAUCAGCAGUGACGACGGGGACGUCGCUGUGGCAACGUGUUACCAAGCAAUAGAAGCAGGCGCACAGUGUGAUGACUUUAAAUGUGUAAACUCAAAAUGUGUGUCGCUGAACCAGACGUGUGAUGGAGUGGACGACUGUGGAGACCUCAGCGAUGAGAUGUGCUGCCAAAAAUGCAGGAACAAUGCGUUUCACUGCAGGACAGGUGUGUGUGUGUCCAGAGAGGUAAUACAAGAUGGAGUGAUGAACUGUCUGGAUGGCCAGGAUGAAGCAACCAUACAGGACGAGCCCAAGGUAACAGAGAUAGCAGGCAGGCGUGGCCUGAAAAACAAAGAGAUAACAGGCAGGCAUCGCCUCAACAACAAAGAGUACAUCUCUCCAAAAACUGAGAUUAAGAAGAACAGAGAGCAGAUGGAGUCUCUGCAUUGUGGCAUUCCUAACAUGACCCUGGUGGACAGCGAGGUGGCGGUGCCCAGAGAGAGACACAGAAUCAGGAGGGUGGUGGGCGGAGUCCCGGCAAAACCGACUCAGAUCCAGUGGCAGGUGGCUAUAGAGGAGAAUAAGAACAUAGACUGUGCUGGAGCAUACAUAGGAGACUGCUGGGUCAUCACUGCUGCUCACUGUGUCAGGCCGAACCCGAGUGCUUUCAGCAUUAAGAUCUCUCUAUGGAAGACCAUCGAGGCUCAGGACACAACAGACAUCAUCCCUGUAGAGCGUAUUCACAUCCACCCCCGGUAUAAUGCAAGUAACUAUGAGAAUGACAUCGCUCUGAUGCAAUUAAAGAAGCUGCCGUUUUCCAGUCGCUGUUUUGUGGAAAAUCCGGCUGUCAGUGCUGUGUGUGUUCCCUGGUCACCACACAUCUUCAACGCCAACCACACCUGCAGCAUCUCUGGGUGGGGACGCACCGCGGGGGGUAAAUCUUCUAAUGUGUUGCUUUGGGCAAAUGUUGCUCUCAUCGACAACUGUGAGAAAUUCUACCAGCAUCGCUUCAAACCAGGAAUGACAUGUGCAGGUGAUUUGGAUGGCAGUGUGGACUCAUGUCAGGGGGACAGUGGGGGACCUCUGGUGUGUCAAGAUGAACUGGGUGUGUCUUACCUUUGGGGCGUGGUCAGCUGGGGGGAGAGGUGUGGCCAGCCCGGUUUCCCUGGUGUUUACACACAGGUUGCUCAUUAUUACGAGUGGAUACGGCUGCAUACAGGCUGGCCUUCUGUUACCAAGUACAACAGCUGAUACAACACACACGCACAGACACACACACACACACACACACAAAUAAUGAGUAUCUUUGAAAAAAGAUGGCAUGUAUCAAAGUAUAGGCUAGCUUAGCACCGUCAGUAUUUGUGUAAUCUUCACAUUGUUCAUAUGGAGGUUUUCACCAGGCCUGCGUGGUUUUCACCAGGCCUGCGUGGUUUGUGAAGGAAACUGUCUUGUUUUGUUGUCAAUAAAGCUUCGUACUCUGUC